AUGAUGUCGGCUUCUCGUCUCGGACAGCGGCUCUGCCGUCAGUCUCGCCGUGUCAACGUCAACACCCUCCAGCCACGUCUUACUCAGUCCCUCCGUCUGACGGGCAGCAGGCCAUUCUCACUGUCUGUGCCCCUCGCCCAGGCCUCUCCCCGUCGCUUCGUCGACUCCCAGACCAGCACCCAGCUUGCCGAGCAUGAGCUCUUCUCGCGGAGGCACAUUGGCAGCGAGUCGGCUGAGCAGCAGGAGAUGCUCAAGGUCCUCGACCCGCCCGUGAGCUCCAUGGAGGAGUUCCUCGAGCAGACCAUCCCCCCUCAGGUCCGGAGGAAGCAAAAGGGCCUCAACCUCGUUGAGCAGUGGGAGGAGUCUGGCGCUGAGACUUCUGUGCCACCCAAUGGCCGCUCCGAGGCCUUUAUCCAGAAGCAGAUGCGCAAGCUGGGCAACAACAACACCGUUUAUGAGUCUUUCAUCGGUGCUGGAUACUAUGGUACCCAGGUCCCUGCUGUUAUCCAGCGCAAUGUUCUGGAGAACCCUGCCUGGUACACCAGCUACACGCCCUACCAGGCUGAGAUCAGCCAGGGUCGUCUGCAGUCCCUGCUCAACUUCCAGACCCUUAUCACCGACCUUACUGGCCUUGACAUCGCCAAUGCCUCCGUUCUUGAUGAGGCUACCGCCGCCGCCGAGGCCAUGACCAUGUCCAUGGCCAACGCUCCUCGCGCCAAGGGAAAGAAGACCUUUGUUGUCUCUGAGACUUGCCACCCUCAGACCCUCGCCGUCCUUCAGUCGCGAGCUGAGGGUUUCGGAAUUGACCUCGUCAUUGGUGACGUGCUUGCCGACAACAGCAAGCUCGUCAGGGAGGCUGAGGGCACCCUUAUCGGCGCUCUCGUCCAGUACCCCGACACCAACGGUGGUGUCCACGACUACCAGCAGCUCGCCGACAUUGUCCACGAGAAGAAGGCACUCCUCAGCGCCGCCACCGACCUGCUCGCCCUGACCAUCCUCAAGUCCCCGGGUGAGUUUGGUGCCGACAUCGCCAUUGGCAACUCCCAGCGUCUUGGUGUUCCUCUGGGCUACGGUGGUCCUCAUGCCGCCUUCUUCGCCACCUCGGAGAAGUACAAGCGCAAGAUUCCCGGCCGUCUUGUUGGUGUUUCCAAGGACCGACUUGGCAAGCCUGCCCUCCGUCUCGCUCUCCAGACCCGUGAGCAGCACAUUCGCCGAGAAAAGGCCACCAGCAACAUCUGCACUGCUCAGGCUCUUCUGGCCAACAUGUCUGCCUUUUACGCCAUCUACCACGGACCCAAGGGUCUCAAGACCAUUGCCCAGGACAUCUGGGGCAAGACCCGUCUGGCUCAGAGCCUCAUCCUUGAGAAGGGCGAGUUCAAGCUCCACACUGAUGGUCUCCGUGAGGAUGGCUCCGUCCUGUUCGACACUGUUACCCUCCAGGCUUCCCCCGAGACCAUCGCCAAGGUCCACGAGAAGGCUUCCCUCCAGAGCAUCAACCUCCGCCGUGUUGCUGAGGACAAGGUCGGCUUCUCCCUGCACGAGGGCGUGACCCUGGAGAGCCUUGGCAACCUUGUCAAGUGCUUCGGUGUCUCUGAGGCCGAGUUCAAGGCCGCUCUCGAGUCUGAUUCCGCCAAGUUCCUCAACGACGAGAUCCCCGCUGCCCUCCAGCGAAAGUCCUCUUACCUUGAGCAGCCCGUCUUCAACCAGUACCACACUGAGACGGAGCUUCUGCGAUACAUCUACCUCCUCCAGUCCAAGGAUGUCUCUCUGGUGCACUCCAUGAUUCCUCUGGGUUCCUGCACCAUGAAGCUCAACGCCACCACCGAGAUGCUUCCCAUCUCUGACCCCGGCAUCUCCAACAUGCACCCCUUCGCUCCUGUCGAGCAGGCUUCUGGCUACCAGGCCCUUAUCAGCUCGCUCAGCAAGAACCUGUCUGAGAUUACUGGCAUGGACGCCACCACUCUCCAGCCCAACUCCGGUGCCCAGGGUGAGUUUGCUGGUCUUCGAGUCAUCAAGCGAUACCACGAGGCCAAGGAGGGCGGUGAGAAGCGAACCGUCUGCCUCAUCCCCGUCUCCGCUCACGGUACCAACCCUGCCAGUGCUGCCAUGGCCGGCAUGAAGGUUGUCCCCAUCAAGUGCGACGGCAAGACUGGUAAUCUGGACAUCGAGGAUCUCAAGGCCAAGUGCGCCAAGCACGCUGACGAUCUGGCCGCCAUCAUGAUCACCUACCCCAGCACCUUUGGUGUCUUUGAGCCCGAGGUGAAGCAGGUCUGCGACCUUGUUCACCAGCACGGUGGUCUCGUCUACAUGGACGGUGCCAACAUGAACGCCCAGAUCGGUCUCUGCAGCCCUGGUGAUAUUGGUGCUGAUGUCUGCCAUCUGAACCUCCACAAGACCUUCUGUAUCCCCCACGGAGGUGGUGGCCCUGGUGUUGGUCCCAUCGCUGUCAAGAAGCACCUUGCCCCCUAUCUCCCUGGCCACCCUGAGAUCGAUCCUCAGCGAGGUGACGCCGCCCGAGCUGAGACUGCUGUUGCUCCUAUCAGCGCUGCUCCCUGGGGUAGCGCCUCUAUCCUGCCCAUCAGCCACACCUACAUCCUCAUGAUGGGUGGCGACGGCCUCACCAAGCAGACCGGCACUGCUCUCCUCAACGCCAACUACAUCAUGUCUCGUCUCCUGCCUCACUACAAGGUUGUCUACACCAACGCCAACGGACGAUGCGCUCACGAGUUCAUCCUCGAUGUCCGUCCCUUCAAGGAGACUGCCGGUGUUGAGGUUGCCGAUAUCGCCAAGCGUCUGGCCGACUACGGCUUCCACUCUCCCACCAUGAGCUUCCCCGUUUCUGGCACUCUCAUGAUUGAGCCUACCGAGUCCGAGUCUCGCGCUGAGCUCGACCGCUUCUGCGACUCUCUCAUCCAGAUCCGCAAGGAGAUUGCCGACAUUGAGUCUGGCAAGAUUCCCAGGGAGAACAACCUCCUCAAGAACGCGCCUCACCCCCAGGAGGAUCUCGUCUCCUCCGAGUGGGACCGACCUUAUAGCCGUGAGGACGCAGCCUACCCCCUGCCCUGGCUGAGGGAGAAGAAGAUGUGGCCCUCUGUGGCCCGCGUGGAUGAUGCUUACGGUGACACCAACCUGUUCUGCACAUGCCCGCCCGUUGAGGGAAGCGAGGACCUGUAA